UAUUUUCUUCCUUAUCAUCGACCCACCUCUUUCUCUCUCUCUGCCCUUCACAAAAAAUUCUUAGAAAUUUUUUUCCUUCAUACACUUUCUAAAAUCUAUCUUCCUUGGUCUGCCACUGUAAUCAUAGCACUCUCAGUACUGUAUCAUUAUUUUUCCCUCUCUUUCUCUCUCUCUAUAUAUAUAUGUACUACAUAAUAAAUAGAUAAAAGGAUAGGGUUAUAUAUAUAUAUAUUGAUCAGUUGUGUGAAGAGGUAAUAACCCAGCUGAGCACUCAGAGAAAAUUAAACACUUCUAAAAAAACAAGAGAGCAAUAACCAUAUAUCUGAUUUUCUGUUCUAUCCAUGUUUGGAUUAUAUAUUACUUUGUUUUUGUAUUAUUGAGUUUUAAAGGAAAGAGAAGAGAGAGAUAUUUAAUAUAUAUAUAAACGAUGAUCGAUCUAGCUGUAGAUAAUUGUGCUACAGAGCUGUUCAGAGAAGCAAUAUUAUCCAUGGCCUAGAUAGCGACUUUGGAGUAUAACCCGUCAUCAUCAUCUCUUCACGAGAUUUUUUUUUUUAUUAUUUUUAAAUUAUAUAUAUAUAUUACUUUUUUACCACCCAAUAGACUAUAUUUAUGUGUGCCUUAUGCUCUGCCACCUGAUCAUGAUCAUGAUGAUCUUUCAUGUAUAAAUAAUCCUUGUUUUGGUCCGCUGAGUAGUCCAAAAUUGAGCUCCGAUUAUUUUGUGUCUUCCUUUGGUGUUAUUUUCUGAGAGGUGUAAAAAAGUGGGGCAAUACUACACACUUGAAGAAAAAAGGUCUUAUUUAUAAAGCUGAGAGAAAACGAUCAGUAUACAUAGCUAGUUUGCAAGCUAUAUAGCUUUACUUCUCAGGUCCAGUUUUUUUUUUUUUUUUCAAUUUUAUUAUAAAAAAAUAAUAUAGUGAUUUGUUUUUCUCUAUUGGAGUUUUCUUCCAAGGGCAAUGUUUUCUGUAGCCAUGUCUAAUUCAACUUCUAAUUUGUCUGAGGAAGCUGCUAGUAUUUCUUCUGGUACUAGACUCCAUGAUUUUGGGGGAAUAUUUAAUAAUAAUAAUAACAAUAAUAAUAAUCCACUACUUUCACACUUUUCUGAUCACAAUAAUAUUAAUAUUAAUAAUAAUAAUAAUAACAAUAAUAUUAUUAGUAUUGAUGAUCAGCAACCACAGAAAAUCAAGAAGAAAAGAAGUCUCCCUGGACACCCAGACCCAGAUGCUGAAGUGAUUGCAUUAUCCCCAAAGACACUUCUAGCCACAAAUAGAUUUGUGUGUGAGAUAUGCAACAAAGGUUUUCAGAGAGACCAAAACCUUCAGCUACACAGAAGAGGUCAUAACCUUCCAUGGAAACUUAAACAAAGGAGCAACAAAGAGAUGAUCAAGAAGAGAGCAUAUGUUUGCCCUGAGACCACGUGUGUUCAUCACCACCCUUCAAGGGCUCUUGGAGAUCUAACGGGUAUAAAGAAACACUACUCUAGAAAACAUGGAGAGAAGAAGUGGAAGUGUGAAAAAUGCUCUAAGAUCUAUGCUGUUCAAUCUGAUUGGAAGGCUCACUCUAAGACCUGUGGUACCAGAGAGUAUAGAUGUGACUGUGGAACCCUUUUCUCCAGAAAGGAUAGCUUCAUAACCCACAGAGCCUUUUGUGAUGCUUUAGCCGAAGAAAGCGCAAGACUCUCCGCCGCAGCAGCAGCUGCGGCGGCUGUGGCAGCAGCAAACCCUAACCAAUCACUGUUCCCUAAUUUCUCUACAGCAGCAACUCAUCAUCACAACUUCACAAACCAACCGAGUCCCAUUCACAUUUGGGACACCACACCUCAUCAAAACCCUAACCCUAGCACCACCACUCAACCGCGUCAUCCGCUACUCCACGUCAUCAAGCCCGAGAAUCAUCACUUCCAGCCACCGCCGCCACCACAUUCGCAACAGCCACUGAUGAUUUUCCCAGACUCUACGCCGCAGCAGAACCCGGCGGAUCAACCGGGCCAGAAGGGCUUCAAUUUGAUUGGCUCCCCAUUCCAAACCCUCCACGUCAGCAGCUCGCAGAUGGCCACGUCAGCGCACCUAUCGGCCACUGCGCUGCUACAGAAGGCUGCCACAGUCGGAGCCGUGGCGUCUGGGGCGCACUCGUGUCAGGUCCAGGGCCAAGGUCACGGUCAGUCAGUGGGUCACGUGACUGAUCAGCUCGGAAGGGUGAUGAGCGGUCGCCAUCACGUGACAACGAACGAGUUCAUCCUUGGACGUGGGUUGACGUCCGAUGACCUUGCCACGUGGCGUAAAAGCGACCGAUUGACCAGGGAUUUUCUUGGUUUGACUGCUGACACCAACAAUAAUAAUAAUAAUACUGGUGGUGGUGACGUUAAGGACAUGCUAACGUACACCGGGGGCGUAGAGUUCCCGCCGUUGGAUCAACGAGUUCACAGCUCUUUGUUAAAGCCACAAGUUUUCGGGUUCGCGGAGGCUGCAGCCUCGCAAAGCUGGGCUGAUUGUUGAGUUUUCGAACGAGGGUAAAAGAGUAAAUCACUACAUGUCUUCUUUGCUUAAACGACAACGACAUUUGGGUCCUAUAAUAUAUGAAUGCUUUUUUUUUUUUCUUAACUAUGAAUUAAUGCUUUUUUUUUUUUUUCAUUUGAAAGCAAUGAUAUAAUAUAAGAAUAUUCGUUACAAUAAUUAUUGUUAAGUUUUGCUGGACCGAUUACGUA